UUAUAAGCGCCAUGCUCUACCAAUACAGAUAUACAUCUUCAUAUAACAUAACCUAACAAUUAACCAAAGCGUUGUAAUUAAUGGUCAAAAUGGCAAAUACAGUAAGCAUUAUAAUUCCAGUGUUGCAUUUUUAAAUGUUAAUAAAUUAUGCACUUGGCUAGGUAGGUCUAUAAUUAUAUAGGCCUACCUCCUCGAGCCAGUUGGAUAGUGCUAAUGCGCACAGCAAAGAGAUCGGUAGAAGAAAAAGACUACAUGUCACAUGGUAAGAAGGCCCGGAAAUAAUUUGUCUGUAAAAUCCGGCGAAGAUCAUAACAGAAGUAGGGAAAUGUGGCCGUCGUUAGAACACACAACAGCUUGCAAUAAAUAUCCCUUUUAAUUCUCGAUCGGAAGACCGUUCGGUUACGUACCGCAAAUUCCUUUCUCUGCUUUGAGCAAUGUAGGCUGAUGAAACGGAACAGACGGCAAAAACGUCCUAUAACUGUACACUGUUAUUAUUCUACAUGGACAAAGACAAGUUCGCUGUGAGCCAUGAUCCAUGCUCCUGGUUAGAGAUGCACCAGUUCAUUGGAGACCUGAUGGUCUCUGGGGGGUCUCUGGGGCUAAAAGACGCUCCAGGUUCAGCCCAGCCCAGACAGACCCAGGGAGAGAGCAUUAGAGAGGCCAGAGACGGAGACAUCAGUGGACAAAAAGGCCAGCACCAUACCUGCACUUGCCCUGGCUGCCCCUAUUCCUCCUCAUCCUCAUCUUCCUCCUUCCAGACCAUAAAGCCCAGAGGAACUGUGUCCUCACAGCCCGAGCCCAGCAGCACCUACAGCCCAGAGCUCAGUCAGCCCCAGAGUCAGGACAAGGAGACCAGCACCCAGAGCCCCAAUCUAGCCCCUAUCACUCUCACUAACCAGGGUACUUCUUCACCAAGCCCCCUGCCCCAAAUCUCCACCUUCUCUUGUUUCUGCUGCCACCGGGGCUUCCAGACCUGCACCCAGCUACUGCACCACCAACAGGGGGCAGCAGACUCUCCCUUCUCCCAGACACACACCCACUACCACCACCACUGCCCCCUCACCACCUGCCUGCCCCACUACCACUCCCACUAUGGCCUGUCGCCUGGCACCUUCCCCUGCCUGUCCUGCCAGCAUUCCUUCCCCUCCUGUUCCCAGCUCCUCCGCCACCAGCAGGGCCACACACACCCUCAGAACCAUGUUGUAGGGGUGACCACAGUGUCCCCCACCCUACACCCCUGCAUGCACUGUUCAGCAUCCUUCCCCCGACCCUCUCAGCUGCUACAGCACCAGCGCACCCAGCACGCUCACAAGGCCGGUGGCUUCCUGUGCACCGAGUGCGGGCGCGCCUUCAACUCCCACUCCAACCUCCGCAUCCACCUCAACGUACACACCGGUGCCCGGCCCUACUCAUGCCCUGACUGCGGCAAGAGCUUCAGCCAGUCAGGAGCGUUGAAGAUCCAUCGGCGCCUCCACACUGGGGAGAGACCCUACGCCUGCGCCUACUGUGGGAGAGGCUUCCCCCACCUGGCCGGGGUCCGGGCCCAUCAAAGGACCCACACAGGGGAGAAGCCCUACCGCUGCACCCAGUGUGGGAAGUGCUUCACCCAGUCGGGGGCACUGAAGAUCCACACAAGGAUCCACACCGGGGAACGGCCGUUUGUGUGCAGCCUCUGUGGGAAGGGCUUCUCCAACUGCUCCGGCAUCCGCUUCCACCAGCGCACCGUCCAUGGGAUGGUGUCGGAUAUGGGCGGGGAUGGAGGAGCCGGUGGGUCCCAUAGCGGGAGACAGAGUCUAGGCAGCUCAGCUGCUGUGGGACGCCCCAGUGCCAAUCCAACCAGGAUACGCAAUAACCCCCAUACUGACGUGAGCUCCAGCAUUACUCCUGCCCCCACCAAAAUCCUUCCCCCUGGGUCUCUCCUUGCUCCUCCAGGGUCAGGUCUGACUGUAAUCUCAGACAAAGAGCCCCAGUUCCAGUCUAGCAGUGUAAAGAUCCCCUCCAGGAGAGCAGAACCAGGCAGUAGCAGGGAAGGGAGGGCUCUGCUGUAUACCUGUGAGGACUGUGGGCUGCGUUUUGGGGAUGCUCCCUCCAGAAACAGACACCAAACUCUGGUGCACUACUCUACAGAAGGGGUAGAGGAGGAGGGCCUGGGAGACACUGAGGGGGAGGGGUGAGAGAUGAGAGAGAGAGGUGGUAGAUUGAAGUUUGAUGCAGUAGAUUGUUGGAUCAAAGGCUAAGGGAGAGGUGGAAUGGGAAAAUUGAGAGGUGAGAAGAGGCAGAAAGCUUGAGACUCACAGAGGAGUAAAGGCAUGGGGGUGAAGGGAGGUCCGAGAAGAGAAAGGGAAUUCUACAGGGAAAAAUAAAGUGUCUAUCAAUGGGAUCUAUGACAUAUUUGAGAUAUUAUCUUGAAAUUCCACUUUAAAAGAUGUACUCCAGGCCUAAGGAAGUCUUUUACAACGGUUUUCACGUUUUGGGAGUCCAAUUUUCUCUUUGUCAAAAAGCCAAGUACCAUGAUUAGGCUACUAAAGAUAUUUGAGAUCUUUGGAUUAUUAUAUAUUUUUUUAACUGGUUUGACAAAAUCCACAGAUAAUGUUAUCUCAAAUGUAUGACAUUUUAAGUGCAGAAGUGAAGAAGAUAUGCUGUAUUUAGCAUCAUUAUGUAAUAUAUAUUUUGUAAUAAUAUAAUCUGAUAUUGUAUGUCUAUAGGCCCAUAUAUACUUGUGUAUAUCAGUUUAUCUAUUUAGCACAUUGUGCAUAGCUAGCUCAUUGUGCCUUUGAUCUCAGAUUAUUAAUGUACAUGUUUUUUUUUUCUUCAUAAACCACACUGCACUAAACUUCAUGACAACUGAUACGUUAGUGGUUUAGUGAUUUUAUUGAGGAUGAAUAUCUUCACUGUUGGAAGAUGAGCUCUUCUAUAGUCUUUUUUUAUCAGGACAAUUUCACAGAGACUCAUGGUUUGUUGACCUGUUUUCUAUUGCUUCAGUUCGCCACCUAGUGGACAUUUAGAAGCAUAGCAGCAGAAACACAGGCAUUGAAACUAGUCUGUCAAGGCUAAAGGUGUCAAACUCAUUCCACUGAGGUCUGAGUGUCUGCGGGUUUUCGCUCCUCCCUUGUCCUUGAUUUAUGAAUUAAGGUAACUAAUUAGUAAGGAACUCCCCACACAUGGUUGUCUCGGGCUUAAUUGAAAGGAAAAACCAAAAACCUGCAGACAC